AUGGGUAAGAUCGGUUGCAGUGUUGACGGAAACCUGAAUGAAGCAAAGUUCAGUGAGCCUCUUCCAUGGAUUGGCAUCUAUAUAGCAGUAGCAACUCUCGCCUGUGCAAUUAUGAUGGCUGCAGAUCUCAUCCAUGGCAUCCACUGUAGAAAAUUGUGGUUUCCUAGCAAGUACUCCUGCCUUAAUGCCACUUCAUUGACCAUAAUAGCUGUGGCGAUCAAACUGUCAGUGGAUCUAAACACCCCAAUGCCUCGCCACAUUGAUCAGCUUGCAAAACUUAGCAGCAGUGCCUUGAUCUGUACACUGAUGGGUAAUUCUAUGCCUUCUCUUGGAAUCAUGGAAAACAAAGAAAUCUUGAUGAAUAUUAUGGCUCUGGGAAUACUUGUUAUUACUGUUAUUGUUAAUACCUGCAUCCAAUUAGGCACUGGUGUGGUCUAUCUUUACUGGAAAGAGCAUGCAUUAAUCAUGUUUCUCAUGCUUGUUUUGCUUGUAAUCUUGAGCUUUUCAGCUUUAACAGUGCCAACUACAAAGAAAUAUUUAGAACUUAAGUACAAGAAGAAAUACAAAAUGGCUGCGAAAGAAUGCUCAAAUGAGUGUGACAGUGCAGUGCAUAAGAAACUAAGACAAGAUCUAAUGAAGUACUGGAUGAUGGCUCAUACCUGCAGCCCCCAGUUUGUGCUGGGGCGUUCAGUUACAUGCACUGCAGCAGGUGCACUGUGUCUCCUGAGUGCCAUGACUUUAGCUGAGGCCAUGCUGGGAUCAUACUUGAUGCCCGGGUCAUUUAAAUUUUGCAAUGGGGAGUCUGACUAUAAAUGGUCGACCAUCUUGGUUCUCAUCAUACAGACCAUCGCAAUAGUAGUUGGUACCAUUGCUCCUGCAAUUAGAUGGUUUACUGCUAUAAAUUUCAGGUGCCCAUCAACAGGGAAGAAAAGCAGGAAAGAAUUCAGAGUAGAAAAGAACUGGACCCAGUUCUUAGUAGAGAUGAAAGAGUGCCCUUUUACCAUAAGAAUCCAGAGCAGGCAGUGUCGGAAACUUGCCCAUGGUGCAAAAGAUCGAAUUUUGGAUUUGUGUAUCGCAAUGCAAAUCGGAAUCGUGUUGGCAAGCAAAGUUAUUAGAUUCAUUUCGAUAUACUUUAUAAGCAGGAUUUUGUUAUUCUGCAUGUGCUGCAAAAAGUUGAUCUGGUGCAAAUCCAACAACACAUCAAUUGACUCAGGAUCAGACUCGCAGCCCAGCUCAAAACCAGAUCUUAGCCGUUUUGUUUUGCAUCUCGAAGAAGGGGGGGAAAAACAGCCCAAGCAUCUCCUAGAAUUGUUGGACAAAUCAUCAUCAGGACUCCAUGGAGUGAAAGAAUUUGAUAGUGACCUUGUUCUCUCUCUAGAUAAUGAAGAACCUCCACACUGUUGGGCUCUUCCUGUAGUGACUCUAACAGCCAUUGCAAUUGCAAUUCCGAACACCAGCAGUUGUUUACGUAAGCAAUUGAUGCGCAGUGUACAUGAAGGCCUUGUGUAUGUCAAAAUCAUAGAAGAAAACCUCCAUGCACAAAGAGACAUGACUAACAUCAGGAAGGCAGCAUAUACUGUGUGGCUAGGAGUUGAUCUCUAUCAUAAAUGGCUAGAUGUGGAUCUUAAUAGAAUGUAUUUCCAAGCAGGAAGUACAAAGGAAAUACUCGAAGGGCUUGCUGAUGCAGCAAAGAAUAAAAUAAGCCAAACUAUUCUGCAAAAUUAUGAAAGAAACAGCAUUCAGAGCAGUGAGAAAUUAUUUGAAGCACUAACUGUCAUGAUCUCAGAUAUAUUAGGUGCUUGUCUCACCAACUUACAACAUAUCAUAUCCCUCAAGUGUUUUAGCAGCUCAGUCGAAUUACGGGAAGAAAGUGUGCGGUAUGCAGUUUUCCUUCUUGGUAAAACGGAAAAGAUCCUGGAACUUGUAAACCAGAAAACACUUCCUAGUUUGGGUCCUGAAGAAAUGGCAUGCAUUAAUAAGUGGCGUGCAUUGCACAAGCCAAAGAAUCAGUUGCACUUCCCUGCAUCUUCAACAGAAAGUGACACUGCUUCUUCCAGUUUGAUGGACUUGCACUUAACCAUUGAAUAA